GCUAUCAGGAGGCACCGGUCGCUCAAGGCUCAAGCCGCAGCGCUUUCCCCGACCGGCGAGUGCGCGCCCACGGGCGCGGGCUACCGCCGUCGUGGGGCGGCCGGCUAGUUUUCUUGGGCCGCGGUUCUCAGCCAGCAUACUUGGCGCCACUCCGAUGGGCGCCUCUGAGAGUGUUCCGAUCUGCGCCGCCGGCAUGAGCCCGGUGGUGCCGAGCGAGGAGGUUGAGGUGCCGCUGCCAAUGGUGCUCGGAGGCCUAAAGCACCCAGCGUCGCCCGAAGUGGUGAAGGUGACGAGCCUGCGGCACCCGCUGGGAAUUAAGAGGCAGCCCAGCCAGCGAUCCGCUCCUGGCUGCCUAGAGGCGUCGGCCUGCUGGAGUGGCAGCGGGAGCCAGGCCGUGCCGGAAGGGCAGAGGGGCGCUGGCUGCGUGGAGGGCGGAGGCGCGCCUGAGGGCGAGGGCGCCUCUGAGAGUGUCCCGAUCUGCGCCGCCGGCAUGAGCCCGGUGGUGCCGAGCGAGGAGGUUGAGGUGCCGCUGCCCAUGGUGCUCGGAGGCCUAAAGCACCCAGCGUCGCCCGAAGUGGUGAAGGUGACGAGCCUGCGGCACCCGCUGGGAAUUAAGAGGCAGCCCAGCCAGCGAUCCGCUCCUGGCUGCCUAGAGGCGUCGGCCUGCUGGAGUGGCAGCGGGAGCCAGGCCGUGCCGGAAGGGCAGAGGGGCGCUGGCUGCGUGGAGGGCGGAGGCGCGCCUGAGGGCGAGGACAAAGAGGAUGCCAGCGGCAAGCCGGACGCGGUCGAUCCGCCCUCGGCAGAGGUGCCGCACCAGCGGCGGGGCAGCCUGUACGUCAGGAGGCGACUCCUGGUACCGCAGCACGCCCUGGCCGCGGUCAAGACUCCCAAGGGGCGGUUCUGCUGCGUGUCGGGCUCAGGCAUGAUGCUGAAGAACCUCAUGCAGGGACGCAAGACGGACUGGAAGAGAGCGCGCCGCGCCGCCUCCCAGAUCUGCAGGCCCGACUACAGCUGCCGGGACUUCUACGAAGACAUCGUCCACGCGUUUCCCGAGCUCGACCUGUACUUGGCCGGCGACACGACGAGCGGGCGUGGCGGCGAGGACGAGUACCAGCGCACCCUCGGAGCCAUGUUCUCCUUCUUCUGGCUCAUGCGCCUGCCCCUGGACGGGAGUGAGUCCUUCUGCUACGGCCUCGACGAGUCGUGGAAGCCCAGGGAGUGCCCGCCCGACAGCAGCCUGGAGGCCCAGGAGGAGUGGGCGAAGAGGAAGGCCUUCCACACGGACGCCGAGUGGGCCUCCCUGCAUUCCCUGCUCGUCGACGCUGGGCUGCUCGCGAGUGACGACGAGGUCUCCUCCAACGUGGGGCGGCAGAAGAGCUUCCUCGUCGCCUCCUCCAAGCAGAGGGAUGACCUGGCGCGCCGCCACAACACGGAGAGAAUCUUGGCGAUGCUCGUCCUGACGGCCAUCCACGACAUCAUGAAGACGGUGUCCCUGCUUCCAACGGUGAGCCAGAAGCACGGGCCGUUCCGCGGCUACCAGGUCGGGGAGGUCAUCAACGACCACGACGCGGCCCUCGCGUAUGUCUUGGAGUUCUACCCCUCUCUGCUGCCGUCGUUCGCUGGCCUGCCCCAGGAGCAGCGGGAGACCAUUAAGUUCACGCAGAGCAAGAUGGAGUACAACAUGGGCUGGCUCGUCCAGGCCGAGGCGCCGCCUGGCGCCCUCCUCCGCAAGUUCAAGCAGGUCGUCUCGGCGGGGCAGGCCAAACCAGAGGACGUGGCGUUUUACUUCACGCACUGGUUCACCGACCUCGCCGGUGCCGAGCCCCACCCACAGGAGGGCUGCGAGAAGUUCGUCCUGAGGUUCCCGAAGGCCGUCCUCAACCAGUUCCUUCUGUCGUUCUCCAUCAUUCAAAGCAUCGGCCUGCCUUGGACCACGGAAACGCGCGUACUGGAGGACUAUCUGGUGUGGCGCUGGGACAAUCACCAGCCACCUCUUGGGCCGGCCCCGCACGGCGCGGGCGCCAUCGCGAAGAUGCGCCUCGUAACCAUGUCGCAGGGCGACAGCCUGCGGGUGCUGAGCUGCUUCGACUGCCUGCCGCCGGCAGACAGGGCGGUGCUCAGCAAGGAGCUGUCCCUGGCGGGCUGCCGCGGUCAGGCCUUCUGGCGCGAGGGCUGUCAUCAUGGUGGCGCCUUCGUCAGCGAGGGCCCUGCCAUUCUCGUCUACUACGCCCCCGCCCUCAUGCAGAAGGCGGGUCGUGAGGACCCCCUCGGGGCCAUGAGGCUUCUGGCGGAGGUGUUCCGCCAGGCGCGAAAUAUCUGGCCGCUGACGGCCGCCGCGGCGGACGACACGGUGACCGUGCGGAUCGACACGCUGAAGGAGCUGUACGUCAGCGACAUCAGGCGGUCGCAGGCGGCCUGGGUGAUCGAGAAGAUGUCCUCGCGGGACGGCGCCGUGCGCAGCGUCCCCGGGGCCGAGCCGUGCCGCGACCACGCUUCGCAGAGAGUCCUCCGGUUCUCAUCCGAGCCGCCGGCGCAGUACGAGCCGCCCAAGACCGAGGGGUCCUCCAGAUCCACAGCGUGCACCGACAGCUCGUAGUGAAGGAGGACAAGCGGAGGGAGCAGCAGCGCCGCACCAGGAGUCGGUAUCCUGCACGGCGCGGCAGGGCCCGCCAGCACCAGUCUGGCCCCGCCUUUGCCGCCCGGGCAGAUGUCUCGGUCCCUUUGGCACGGACCUCCGCCAGCUCCUUGGCAUUGAACGGUGCCUGUUCGUACGAUUGGGCGAACCAGAACAGCUUGUCCCUCUAGCGACAGAAAGGAAGUCCUCUGCCCGCGGUCGCGCAGGGCCGCCUGCUCUGCCCGCCUGCUCGCGCCCGGACGACGGCAUCCGCGCGUGCCAGACAGGAAAACGCCAUGCACAGGCUGCAUGCUCCAAGCUCGGGGGCGGCAGAAUUAACAUCGCCUUUCAAGCGCAGAUGGCGGCGCGACGACGUACGAAGGAUGGGGCAGCCUUGGAAGGCGCACCCGGCGGCCACUGAGCCUCCGCCUGAUAGCGUCUAGCGCAUGACAUUUAGGUGGCCCUUUCUCUCCGCUUCUCCGCCCGCCCUCGGCGUGUGGUUCAGUGUAGCUUCGGCAGGAGGCUUGGCAUCGCUUUGCUCUGAAAUGUACGAGCCUUUUUCAAGUUCGUGCACGGGCACGCGGCGACUCGCGUCUGCUUCUCCCAUCUCCCUCCUCCCCCCUACUCCACAUUUCGAGUGGCUGUGUCUUUCUAUCUAUCUAUCUAUCAGCCCCCUGCCGCUGGCAAGAUUUGCCUCCCGCGCUCCGCUGGAGAGGUUUGUCCAGGACUGGCUGCGGGUUCUCCGGCUGGCGGUCCCCUUCAAGAGGGGCCGACAUAUUCUUCUAUUUUAUAUGUGAUUCUUGCGAACCGCUCUUCUGCGGAGCCUUUUUCCCCAUAUCCUAAGAUGGGGUUAUUGUUAUUACUUGGACGCCUCCUACUCCUUCUCCUUCCUCCUCCUCUUUUCUCCUCCCCUCCUGUCGGGCUUACUCAUACUCAGACUUGCUCAUACACA